GCUUCCGUCUCCAGCGACAAGUGUUAGCAAAAGCUUGCGUGUAUUCUUAUGGGAUUUUUACCUUUUUUUUCUCGCUAACCGUUAGUAUGCCUGAAUUUGCCGACGAAGGAUCGAAUGAGAAAAUCCAAAAUCUUGAAAGGACAAUACGAGCAAGAGAAGAGCGAAUUGUGGCUCUAGAAACGGAAAAUGCUAUGCUCUACCUUAAACUCGCUGAUUGUCAAGGCUCCCUUCAUCAAUCAAAGUGCAAUGCAUCGCAUCUCCGAAGACUUUAUCAGAAUGAAAUCAAAGUGAACAACAAUAUGGCGUCGAAUCUCGGUAUCUUGGAAAAUAAAGUGUCUCUUCUCAGACAUGAUCUAAGUGAUAUAACAAAAAUGGUGAAGAGCAUACCAAAAGUAAUGGAAAAAAAGAUAGCCGAUUCGAAAAUAGCUUGCGAAAGGUUCCUGUGGGAGAAUUCUAACCUUGAUGAUAUUCGAGCCAAAUUAUUGGAAACUGAAAUAGCUUUGGAUGAAGCUUUGCAAAGAGCCUCGGCCGAGAAAUACCGAAGGAGAACCUUGCAUAAUGUCUUGGUGGAGAUGCGUGGUAAUAUACGUGUGCACUGUCGUGUGCGACCGCUGAUUGCCGCUCUGGAUUCCGCCGGCCCCAGCAAGCUGGGAACCUUUGGAAAAGUAGAACAAGUUGUGAGAGUUGUCGACGACGAAACUGUAUGUGUCCAACCGAACAAGAGCAUGUCGGGAGGUAGCACAUCGCAGAAGAAGAUGUUCGAAUUCGAAAGAGUAUACGAAAAAGAUUCCACGCAGGAAUUUGUAUUCCAGGAUGUGUUACCGUUGCUUACGUCACUUCUCGACGGUUACAACGUAUGCAUCAUGGCUUAUGGUCAAACUGGAUCGGGGAAAACGCACACGAUGGUCGGUGGACAUACUUUGGACGACGAUAUCGACAGCACCGAAACGGACUAUCCACUCGAAGGGAUCAUACCCCGUGCGGCAAGAGAGAUCUUCAGGCUUAUGACCGAGCGUGAAAACCAAUCAGAAUCAUAUGACAUGGAAAUUUCCAUCUGCGAAAUAUACAACAACGAUGUUCGGGAUCUGCUCGGUGACAAAUCCACGCGGGCUGUCAAGAAAGAUGUCUACAUUAACAGCGAUGGUUCGACUGAAAUACCUGAUUUGAUCACACGCUCCGUUUCCAGUGCGCAAGAAGUCAUGAAGUACGUACGAUACGGCAUGAGAGAACGUCACGAAGAUGCCACGAAAAUUCAUGCGCACUCCAGUCGCUCUCACCUUAUAGUCCAGUUGACGUUGUACACGUCAUCCGGUCAACACUCUACGGCAGCAAAAGUGACGACGACGGCAGCCUCGCCUACCGUCACUCCGCGUGGCACAAAAACUGGCGGAGCUCACGAUAAAGAACAAAAGAACAAACCAAAAUCGUUAUCUUCUUCCGGUUCACCAUUACACCAAGAAACUCUCUCCUCUGGUGCUUUGACUGUCAAAACAAAACUGCAGUUGGUCGAUUUAGCUGGAAGCGAAUGUGUUGGUGUCUCGGGCGUGACAGGGGCUGCGUUAAGGGAAACGUCGUUCAUCAAUAAGAGCUUGAGUGCUUUAGCUGAUGUAUUAGGAGCUUUGGCCGUGCAUCGUUUCCAUAUUCCCUACAGGAAUGCCAAACUUACUCACGUCCUUCAGGAUACCAUUGGCGGUGACGCGAAACUCUUGUUGAUGUUGUGCGUGUCGCCCGUGCAACGCUUUCUAUCCGAAACGUUGCAGUGUCUGGGAUUCGGGUCACGUGCAAGACAAAUUGCACGCGGUCAGGUAAAGAAACGUAAGGGGACUAUACCUCCACCUCAGCAGUCCUUAGAUGUUAAAGAUGUAGUCCCUACAGUUAAGUCUGGUGGAAGUUUGUCCAGACUUCCAAUACCAAAUGUUACUAAACGUCGCGGUUCCAAUUCUUAACACGAAUUUGGUGACAUUGACUUUUCUGACAAACAUUCAUUAUACAUGGUUCUGGCACCAAAGUAAUGUACAAUGCAUCUACAAAACACAUAGUGAUGAAAAUGAGUGCAGAGGACUUGAGAUACUAUUGUCCUGAAGAACUAUUUUUAUUAUAGUUUAUUAUAUCAAUUGCAUUAACCAACAGAAAAUCUACUCAUGUCAAAGAUUUUUUAGCAACAAAGUAAACACAGUGGUAGAUGGUUUCCAUCAUUGA